AUGCUUGCUGGUCUGUUGUUUGAAAAGGUUGGCAACAGAAGCACAAUUAUUCACUCAUUUGUUGAUACUAAACUCUUGUUUCCGCGAGCUUCUGAGAAAUGUUGUGAUUGUUACGAAAUAUUUUUUUUCUUUAAAUUUCUGAUUAUUGAGAAACUGUUGGGAAUUCUUCCUAUUAUUUCAAAUGAAUGGAAUCCAAAUCUAUAUCCAGUUCCUCUGCAUCACAGGAGUUGUGGCAAAGAGGAGUGAUUAAAACCCAGAAGA